AACAUCCAUGCCUAAAGCUCACCUCACCAGCCCACGUGGACAGAGUUUCAACCAUUCACAAUUUCAACAUGAUGCAGGAAUGAGAAUGUUAACAUUGAAAGUAGAAGGAACUGCAGAGACAGGAGAAUGGCAUUACAGUCUACUUCAUACGGGUUCCGGUACACAGUCAAUGGCCAUCACCGUCACCACUCGUGCUGCCAGCUCUAAUGUGCUCCCUAUCACAGUAAAAGCCCACAUGGACCAGAAGACCUCUGAUGGAAGUAAAGCCAUGGUGAUCUAUGCAAUUGUCACCCAGGAUGGAUUGCCUGUAAUACUGGCAAAUGUCAUGGCCAUACUCGAUUCUGAUGCGCCUGAUAGCCACGAAGAAGUUGAGUUGCUAGAUAAUGGCGCAGGUGCAGAUGCUUUCAGGCUUGAUGGUGUCUAUUCACGUUAUUUUACUAACAUGAAGUCUGGACGGUACAGCUUGAAAGUGAGAGUUAAGAACAAGGACAAAACCAUGGUGUAUGCAAGAAAACACAGUGGAGCACCCUACAUCCCAGGCUACGUGGUGGAUGGCAAAGUGAGGCUGAAUCCCCCAAAGCCUCCUGUAAACCAUGAGCCAGUAGAGGUGGGGAGCUUCACCAGGACGGCCACAGGAGAGAGUUUUGUGGUGACGUUACCCUCAGGCUCUACACGACCUCCUGCAUUUCCUCCCAGCAAGAUCACAGACCUGAGAGCUGAACUUGAGGAAGACAAUGUGACUCUCACAUGGACUGCUCCCGGAGCGAGCUAUGAUGAGGGAAGGGCUGCACGCUACCAUAUAGCCUGGAGUGAAGACCUGGCCCUGCUGAGAACCAACUUCAGUGGCUCUCAUCACAUCGACCCCUGGGAGCUGAGACCACAAGACGCUGGCUCCACUGAGCGGUACUCAUUCCACCCAAGCAACCUCAACAUGGUCAACGGCACCACAAUUUUCAUUGCAAUUGUGGCUGAGAAUGCAGACUCACGGAAUUCGAGCAUAUCAAACAUUGAACGAGUCGUAAAAUACAUUGCACCUCCUGUUCCUGAGGAAGAAGGAACUAUAAAAUCAAAGCAGAUUCAGCAUAACUAUGACCUGGCAGAACACAGGGACAGGCUGAGAAAAGUUGACUGA